AUGGACUGUACCACCACCACCACCACCGUUUCGACCCCUGGGUAUGCCGCCCCUCCUCACCUUGUGUACACCCAGCACGUGACAACAGUGACUCCCUCAGCUGCGGUGCAGGCCCCGAUUGCUGGUUUCUCAAGGGGGGUCGUGUCUCCGCCGCCCGGGUUUGCCGCUCUCACCUCAGCCCCCGACUUUCGGUGCCCCAAGAGCUCGGCCCUGGACCUUCCACCCGUACCCAGGAUGUCGCUGACCACUGUCCCACCUCCUGCUUUAUCUGCCGUUCCUGCCGUGCCUGCCGCUCCUGCCAUGCCUGCCGCUCCUGCCAGGCCUGCCAUGCCUGGACCAGCCCCUGCCGGCUUGACACGCCGUGAGGACAGGCACCGCUCCCACCACGACAGUGGUCUCUGCAGGUCCCCUGACCGCCGCUCCCACCGGGACCGGGCGGGUAGGGGGACUAGCAGCUGCUCCUCUUGA